UGUUGCAUUAUAAAGCAAUUGUCUUGUGGACAACAAUAGGCUCAGGAUUGUGUGAUCUUUAGCUGAUACACAAAGUGUUUCUUCUUUGCUGGAUCUUAGAAAUAUGACGUCGAAUUCGUCCCAAGAAGUAAUUCAGGCGCGCCGAACAGAAUCUUUGGAUGCACCAGAGAUAUUGAAACUUGCCAGCGCCACAACAGAAAAGCUCUUUGGUCGUGUAAAUGUCGUAAAUGUUAUUGAAAAAGCCAAUUUGGCUGUAACAUUGGUCAAUGCAAACAAUGAUGUCAUGGGUCAUGCAGCAUUCUUUGAUUACCCCAAUCUACGAAGUUUGGAUCCUAGCAAGUGGGAAGAGUGGUUUCAUACAAAAUAUGACAGCAAAAACUGCAGUCCACUCAACACUCUCUUCAUGAACUACUUUGUAGCAAAGGCAGAUUUUGCAUAUGGCUGUGUAACUGAAAUAAUCAGAACUGUUUUCAAUGCUGUUCCAGCUCUUCAUUAUAUUUUCCUUGUUGUACCAAGGGGAGUUGAAACAGGGCACUGCUGUUGGUUUUAUGAGCGUUUGUUCAAAAGUUGAUGUAGAGUUACUGGGUAGCUGUUUUGACUUGAAACCAUUUACUGGAUUGCAAAAACAGCACGGCCAAACACCAGCACCACGUCCUGAAAAGGAACCAAGGACCACACCGUUAGAAGAGCAGGUACAAAGAUCAUCGCCGCUUGAAGAACGGACAGAAACACCAAAAGACUCGGCAAAGCAAGAUAAAGUUGAAGAACAAGGGCCGGUACGUUUUGCCACCUUCUCCAGAAUAUCAAAAGAUGAAACCGUUGGAGAACCAAGUGCAUUUUGCAUUCAGCUCUUUUGCAUUGACGAAAAAUAUGAGAUGAGGUCUAUAGAUUUCCUUCCAGCGGUGUUUGAGCUAUUUCCAGAAAAAGAUUACUGCAUUUUAACAAUGCCUCAUCUUGUACCAGAGUUCCCUCUUCUACAGUCUUUUGUGAGAGUUACUCCAAGAAAGUACAGCACAUUAUCCCAGGAGCUUUACGUGUUUCAUCGAUGGGGUGUUAUCGAAUCAUUCCAAGUGAGACCUUGUACCUCUGCUGACAUAGAAGGCAUUCAGUCGGUUAUUUCACAACUGAAUGGCGCAGAUAUUAUAAUGACCGAUGUUCAGCAAUACAAUAAUGAUCGGAGAGACCCGGAUGGUACAGAAAUCCAGUGCUUUGUAGCUAAGAGUUUGGAUCAAGUUGUCGGCGUCGCCCUACUUAGGCGAGAGGAGGAUAUAGAAUAUAUCCGCUCUCAUUUCAACAUUGAGGAUUUUAUUUACUUCAAUCAUCAUAAAAGAGAUGAACAUGGCCAUCUGUUCCAUUUUGCCCUUAACCCUGUAUUUCAACAAUAUUCCAAACACUUUCUAAAGGAGGUCCUAAGACUGGCUCACAAAUCUUGCCUGUAUUACCCAGUCUCUCCAAAAUACACGGAAACACAACGAGGCUCCAAACCCCAUACGACUGCGACGGCCCUUAAUGACUUAGUCCCAAUCAGAGCUCGUCGUCAAAUCAUAUACCCAGUGGAUCAACUGGGCGGAAAUGCUCCAUCAGAUAGAAUCUUAGCAGAGAAGGAACCCUUUGCUCUGACUCAUUUAAACAGAAAAUUGACUUUAGAACCAAAGGUCACUAUUAAUGCUCGGAUCGUCGUGGUAGGAGCAUCGGAUGUGGGAAUAUCUUUCCUUGAAACUCUCUUGUUUUGCCCGCAUCUCCGUUUCAAUAAUCUAACACUAGUAUCAACUCAUGGUUUACCAGGCCAGCUGCCUCCUGACCAGCUGCGAUCAAAGUGCCUUCCUUCCAGUCUUUGCUAUACUCAAGACGAUUUCACUCACAUGGCAUUGGAAACGUGGAUCAAGGUUGUUGAAGGAAAAGUCAUAGCACUUGACAGAACAAACAAAGUCGUCAAAGUGAGUGAGGGAGCCUUUGUUCCUUAUGAUUACCUUAUUCUUUGCACUGGUCAGCAGUUUCAAAUCCCAGUACCUAGUGGUGCUGAUAUCUCCACUUUAGUUACUACCAGUGAGGUGACAAAACCUCAAGUAUCACGAUACAUGGGCCCUCUGCCAUCUACAGUGUUCACUGUUAAUACCGAAAGAGACUGUGAGAAUGUGUUGAGUUUUAUCCGGGGGGAAUUUCUUACAGGCGAAGGAAAAGCGCUUGUGUACGGAAACACUCUGGAGGCUUUCUCCAUGGUGCAAACCCUUCUAGCUGCGGGUCUCCCCGGAUCACGUGUUGUGCUCGUGCAACCCCCAGUCUCGUUACCAACCUGUUUUAACAACCCGUUUAUUGAGGAUGCGGUUACCGCUGCACUACAAGAAUGCGGAGUGGCGUGUCAUGUUGGCUUUACCCUGGCCCAGUGGAAUGAGGGGAAGGUUGACCAGCCGCUGUCACGUGCUACAUUUACGUCAGAAAACAAACCACUCAGUGUAGACUGUGAGGCGUUUUUCUGUUUCCAAUCCAAGAAGGUUGAUCACGACGCAUUUAAAGCCAUUAAUGACAGCUGUCUCGUGUUUGACGGGAGAUUGGUCAUCGACGCAGAUUUCCACACAAAUGACCCAUGCAUCAGGGCUGCAGGGCCAUUAACAAAAUUCCAGCGAAGAUACCAUGCAGAAUCUUGGACUCAUGGAAACUUCAACUCCAAGGAGGUCGGCGAAGAACUGGCCCAGUCUUUGUUGACGCUGUUCGACCCCACCCUAGACGCCAUGCUUCUCGACACGGAGACUCCACAAGAGCAGCAGUUACUGAUACCAAUAUACACCAAACCGAAGACAAUCUCUGCUAUGUUGCCAGGGGGAUACAAUUAUUUGCAAGUCGGUAAACCAGGCUUGAAUAUUCCACUAGACGCUCACAUGGUUCAACCUGAAUAUGGCAGGGAACUUAUCACUGGUAAAGACCAUGAGCAAGGUUACUUCCGCUUGCACGUGAAUCAGCACCGCUCCAUAGAGACAAUCACGUGCUACACCCGCCAGGAGCUUGAUACAAGUAACCUUCUGUGUUUGUAUGCCCUUCAUGAGCGAUACCUGAACAAUUUGUUACAACGAUUCGACGAAGGGCUUAUAGAUGAUUUCUACAGCUUUUUCCGCGAGUCCUGGUGCCUUGCAGUUUUCCACGACAGAUUCAAAGAUUUCAGAGAUGAGAUAAGAGAACUUCUUGUGGCAAAACCUUCUGCUGAUGUACCGUCAUUGGAGGAAAAAGUACGAAAGAUGAUCGACGAAGACGUAGCGUUGACCAAGGAUCAGCGUCGCGUUCUCUCAGACUCGUACGUGGCCUCAACUGCGAAAAAGGCAAUCGAACAAAGGUUGCUGGGAUUCCUCAGUUACAAGUCCAAUCACCUACCCAUGUAUGCUAAACCUGGCAUGGUGUGAUGUCAUUUGACGCGUCAUUAUUUCCCUUUUGUAAAUAAGCGUGGUACUAUUCGUUGAUUUUACCACCUGAGUGUUACGCAGGUUCAUCGGAAAGUCCAUCGAGUUUUGAUAAAUUUACAAAGUCUUGUGUACAAUAUAUUAUCUUUAUGAAGUCUUGUGUACAAUAGAUUAUCUUUACGAAGUGUCGAAUUGAAUGGAAAAUAAAAAAUAUGAGGACAAUAACAAACUGUUAUAUGUAUAUGUUCGACGAUCCAGAAAUCUAAAAGAAAAAAGUCUAAAAAAAUCUAUAUUCAACGUGGAUUAUUUAGAGGCUUCCUUACCUCGACAGGCGAAGCUCGUGCCAGCAGACAAAAUGGUGGCGUUUUUAUUUUGGGCUCGAUUCACUUUCGCUUGUAAGCUUUCUUGUUUGCGGCAACAUUUCUUCCAAGCUGGGUCCGAUCCUAGAUCCACCCUUUGUAAGAAAACCCAAUCAUCUGUUGAUCAUUUAUUUCAAUAAAAUUUGGUGAGGAUCCAAAAGUGGCUAUUUCAUUUUAAAUGGCAGCAAAACAUCCAAAGCGUUCGAGGAAAGGUGUUCAAUGCGUUCAAGGAGUUUGAGGCAAGGCGUUAAAAGUCGAUAAUUUUGUG